CAUCAACCCAAACCCAACUUUCUUAAAUUUAUAACAACCCAUCCGGAAACCGAGAAGGGAAAAUCCUUUCCUCUCUCCUAACCGCACUCUCAACCUCAGUACUAUUAUCAGGUCCAACCAACACAUUCCACUUCUCUCUUCUCUCUCCUUUUCACCAACAAAGCCACCAACAUAUCGGCUUUGCACAGGCUGUGCUUGUGCAGACAUCUCGACAAACAUCAACCAGUCCCUGCCCGCUAAGAUGCCCUCCGGAAAUUUGAUUCGGCCAUCCCAGAGCGGAGCGGUCCAGCAGCAAAAAAUCUUGGAUCGCUUCCACCUCUUCUCGAAGCUGCCCAUGGAGCUUCAACUGAUGAUCUGGGACCUCUGGCGGGCGUCCCAACCCAUCAUCCGCCACUACAUGUUCACCGACAGUGACGGAAAGCGCCGUUACGCUGCCUACGACAUGUCUAAGGGCGCCAUGGCCACGAGAGCCUUCCUAGACCCGAGGCCACUUCUGACCCCGGGCGAGGCGGUGGACCCCAUGGAUAUCAAGAUCCGCCUGACGGGAGAGGUGGCCAGCGCGGACAGCUGGUACGAGCUGCGCAAUGUCUCGUACGACUACAACGUGAUAGGGAGGCCGCUCCGCUCGCCCUUCGCCCGGGUCAACUUCCACAAGGACUUUUUCUUCUUCCAUUCGUGGUCCGAGAUGCCGGGCCAUCUGCGCUUCAUGUACCCGCGGAUCAACAGCCAGGCGCCCAAGCAGCUCGACGAUGGUCACUAGUGCCGACACAUCCGUCAGUUGGUUAUUAACAUCCCGAACAACCGGUCGCUGGCGCAGGCGGACAAGAUGGUGCUCCGCCAGCUGUGUGCACUGAAGACACUAUACAUCUGCGCGCCGUGUCCUUGGAUGCCGAUCCCCAGCUGCCCCGGCGACGUUGACGAGCUUGGCUUCAUGGCCAUCGACCGGUCCGCCGGCGCUCUCCGCACGAACCCCUACUUCGCCGGCGCUAUCCGCAUGAACCCCUACCACGCGGCGGUGCGCCGCUACAACGAACCGCAGUGCGCCACGCUCCAGCGCAUGGCCGAGAAGUACGCCGGCAGGGUGCGCAAGGUCUUUCGCGACAACAGGCAGGAGGUAGACGUGAAGGUCGUCGAGGACACCCUUGACUUCGCCGUGUCCUUUCAGCCCGACCUCUUCUAGAGCCGUCGUUUGUGGCAGACCCAACUCUCCCCAUCUCUCGAGAUGCCAAUCCGAGGCGGCUUCUUGUUAUUAAUUGUCGUUUUACGUUGCGGCUCGGGCCUUGCUUCUGUCGUUCGGUUUCCAUCGGAAUGGCUACGCCCAGGUCGUGCCAGCCGCUAACGAUUUGCUAUUCACCAUCACCGUACCCAGAUUGCGAGAGAGGCCCGCGCCGUAUUCAUCGUCUGUAGG